AUGAAAUUAAUUUCAGGCAAUUUAAUAUUAUUGAGGGCACGCGAGACCUACGAUAAGAACUUUACGGCCCGUAUUACAGAUAUUAAAGGUGCAAAAUUGAUUCUUAAAUCCAAAGGAUUAAGUAAAUAUGACUUACGGGAAACCCGGUUCGAUGUUAAGUUUAUGUUUUCAAGAAAACUAUUUGAAAUGAUGCAUGUCGCUAUAGACAAAGCAUACAAACUAAAGACACCACUAAUUUUUCCUAAAACCAACGACAGAGUGCAAUCAUGUCGGAUAACAAGAUUUUUCAAUCCGAGGGUUGUGGAAAAUUUAGAGCAGAGGACAGCUGUGGAAUGCAUUGUGUCGGGGACGUCUGGAAACGCGCCGUUCCUACUGCUUGGUCCUCCCGGCACGGGGAAAACAGUAACCAUUGUCGAAGCAAUACUGCAGUUGGUCGCCGCAAACAAGGAAAACCGCAUAUUAGUCUGUGCUCAUUCGAAUCAGGCCGUGGACAACGUGGCGUGCGUCCUGCAAAAAUAUAAAAAGCACUUCGAUGAGAACUCGUAUAAGCUUUUUCUACGUAUUAAUUCCAGAAGCAGAAACUGCGUCCAGAAAUGUUUGGAAAAGGACAGCGUUAACGCACCUGUUAGUAUGAUGGUCAUAAAAGACUACAACAUUAUUCUGUGCACGCUUUGCCACGCGUAUUCUUACAUUUUAGACUACAUUACACAUGUGGUGAUCGAUGAGGCGGCGCAGGCAAACGAGCCGUCUUGCCUAAUCCCCGCGAGCCGCAUGAGAUCACUGCGUCCCUUGAUUUUGGCUGGAGACAGCAAACAACUUGGGCCCGUGGUCGUUUCGAACGAAUCGAAGAAAUUCGGUCUCGGAUUGUCAAUGAUGGAGCGUUUAAAAGAAACCUUUCCUUUCUACGACAAUAAGGCGGAAAACAAAUACAUGGUUAUGUUGAAAAAUAACUAUAGAUCUGAUCCCCACAUAAUUGAUUUACCAAACAAUAUAUUUUACGGUGGACAUUUGAGAGCGAUGGCUGUCGUUGAUCCGUUGAGUAGACAGAACAUUUUAAACCAAAAGGAGAAAUGUCGGGCCAUUGUUUUCCACGGAGUCUCGUCAACAGAAACAAAAGACGGAACAAGCUUCUACAAUAAGGAUGAAAUACGCGUCGUCCAAUCUUACAUAUGCAAACUCGUGAAUACGCACAAUGUGAAAGGGGAAGACAUAGGUAUUAUAGCGACGUAUAAAAGUCAGGUUACAUUAAUAAAAAAAUGGGUUGAUCUAUACCAAUUACGAAUAGACGUGGCAACUGUAGACGCUUUCCAGGGUCAAGAGAAACGUGUUAUUUUGAUCAGUACAGUUCGCGGCAAGGGCGCCAAUUCGAACGCCUCACUUGGUUUCGUAGAUGACGAUAAGCGAUUUAAUGUUGCUUUGACUCGUGCCAAGGCAAAAGCUAUCGUCAUUGGAAAUCCAAAUAGUCUAAGCACGUGUCCAGUAUGGAACAUGUAUAUUCAGAAAUGCCAAAGACUCGGUACCCACUACGGCCACGUUGCUGAAAAUCCUAAAUCACAAACAACUGAUCUCAUGAUUGAACAACUUCAAAUCCCAAAUUACCAACCCGACACAAUCGCGAACGUCAACAAGCGUCGCCCGCGAAACGUCCUCAUCGACCCGAGCGACGAAGAGGACUUAGAAACGAUGGACCCACUGCCGGACCCACCCGCCGGA